CUGUAUACCGUGGAUUAUAUAAACCAUGAGUGGAGCUACUUAGAGAUAGAUUCCACUUAGCAGCAAGGAAGAACAAGAUCCAAUGGCAGCAGUGAAAGCAUGCAACAUCCUGAUCACCGGGGCCAACCGAGGCCUAGGCUUGGAGAUGGUCAGACAACUGGUGGAGGUGCCCUGCUCUAACCGCCAGAUCUUUGCCUGCUGCCGUGACCCUGACAGCCCAAAAUCAAAUGAUCUGCGAGAACUGGCUAAGAAGCAUCCCGGUGUCAUCAAAAAUAUUCAGCUUGAUGUCACAGAUGAAAAAAGUGUCAAAGAGGCUGCCAAGAAUGUGGGCCCACUCCUGGGGAAGGCUGGUCUUAACCUGCUGGUGAACAAUGCUGGUAUGGCAAUACUUGGUGAUUCCCAAACAUCCACUACAGAGGACAUGUUGACCACCUUUAACACCAAUGCAAUUGGAUCUUUCAUUGUUACCAAGGAAUUCAUGCCCUAUCUGCGAACUGCAGCCAAAGCCAGUGGAACACCAGGCAUGUCUUGCAACAAAGCAGCCAUCAUCAACGUCUCCACAAUUGUAGCUUCCAUGGCAUGUGUUCAUGAGAUAUAUACCAUGAUUCAAGCUUUCCCUUACAAUGUCAGCAAGGCUGCUUUAAACAUGAUGACGGUCUUGACUGCAAUUGACUGUAAGCCUGAGGAGAUCCUUGUCAUGGCUUUGCACCCAGGCUGGGUGAAAACUGACAUGGGAGGAGACCAGGCACAAAUUGAUGUUCAAGAGAGUGUUGGGGGUAUGCUGCGUGUGAUGAGUGGCCUCACUGAGAAACAGCAUGGAGCGUAUAUGGACUACACUGGGAAAACUCUGCCCUGGUGAACCAUAUCAGCAAAUGUAUUCACUCCCAGGGGAUUACUGCUGAGGGCUCCUCUUCACAUUAUCAUGCAUAAACCAGGGGCAAAGGAAAAGAGUAGUUACAGACCAACAUCUCAUGGUCAUUGACCACUGGUGCUACCAAUAUUUGGCUAUUGAUGGACCAUUGUUUGCAGACAGUUGAACAGAUGUUGACAAAUACUUGUUUAGCAAUAAAGUUCUUUGUAUUUUACCAUUU